AAUAAUCGAGAAGGCAGCGUGACUGAACCUUUUCAAGUCGGGGGGCACCAGUGCACUCAACCAUUACCAAUGAACCUCGAGGCGAAUCCUCGCCAAAACACUGAGCCAGAACAUGAGAUAGCCGAGCCGGAGGUGGAGCAAAGUGCUCCUAUGCCUGAUGAAACCGCGCAAGCAUCCGCGGAAAUACCGGUAGAACCGGACCUACUUAUGGCCUUGGGCGAGUCCACAGAUGAUAUACCUGAAUUUGGUAAACCGAUACAUGACAGUUUAGCCAGUCUGUGGUUACCUUUACUAAAAAAGGGUCUGCUCAAAGAAAACAAAGAAAAACUUUUAAAAAGUUAUUUAAUACCCGAAAAUUGCAAGCUUCUGCAGUCACCAAAACUUAACGCAGAGAUCUCAGCUGCAGUAUCCGAAAUAGUCAGAGGGCGCGAUAAAAAACUGUCUGGUUUUCAACAACAGCUCGGCGCAGGCAUUACUGCACUAAAUAAGGGUAUGGAGAUCCUACUAAAUAGCGAUAAUAAAGCCCAGGCUCUGACUCAUUUCAGUGACAGCUGUCGAAUCUUGACAGACCUUCACUGCGCGUCGACCAAAGAUAGAAUAAAAUUGAUAACUCCUAGCCUGGAAAAGAACAUCCUACAUGUAAUCCAAGAUUCCGAAAGAGACGAUACUCUCUUUGGUAACGCUUUGUCUGAAAAAAUUAAGGCAAGCAAAGCCAUUCAAAGACAAGGACAUCAGAUAAAAAAGACUGUGCCAUACCAACCGUCUACUUCCGGAUUUCGCCAGUCGACGGCAAACCGCUAUACCCCGCCGGGAAACUGGAGGGGUCCACCUCGCUACUUCUACCCCAACAGCAGAGGUGGACGAGGCAGCCAGACGAGGAUGACAACUCCCAGGAGAUCGUACAAUUACUCAUACAGCACAACUCCACCGGCAGCGAAACCUGCCCCUCAGACCAGGCCUCGUGCUCCAACUCAACAGUAAACCAGGGACCAUCACCCCCUGCAUGCCAGCCUUACCCUGGGUGCCGCGAGGCUUUGCGGGCGGCGUUCAUCAAGCGGGGGACCCCACUCGAGGCAGUACCUCUAAUGAUAGCCUCAUUGGCUCAGAAUACUUUAUGUCAAUAUGGCGUAACCAUAAAACUUUGGUGGGAACAUUGCACUUCUAAAAAUAUUGACGUCUAUCAUCUGUCGAUACCCGAGGUACUUUCCUUUUUAACGGAACUAUUUAAUAAGGGUUGUUCGUAUGGCUCAUUAAAUAGCCACCGUUCGGCGUUAUCUUUGCUGCUUGGCAGCGAGAUAGGUACUGAUAACUGUGUGAAAAGACUUUUAAAAGGGGCAUUUAAAUUAAAACCAAUAACACCAAAAUAUAAUUCCACCUGGGAUCCUCAGGUUGUACUAAAUCAUGUUUCGUCUUGGUAUCCCAACUCCGAUAUACCCCUUGAAAAAAUCACUAAAAAACUAGUUACUCUGUUAGCACUCUGUACAGCUCACAGAGUGCAAACCCUAUCUCUCAUAAAACUAGAAAAUAUUACAGAAAUUUCAGAUGGAAUAAAAAUUGCCAUAGUUGACAUUAUUAAAACUUCUGCUGUAGGCCGUGAACAACCCAUAUUAAA